AUGCCAAAUCUUACCAGACCUACUGAAUUCCUGCUCCUGGAGUUUUCUCAAGUCUAUAAAUUACAGAUUUUGCACUUUUUCCUAUUUCUAACAAUAUACAUAGUGUCCCUCACAGGCAAUCUUUUCAUUGUCAUUGUAGUCCUCAUGAACCAUCGUUUGCAUUCUCCAAUGUAUUUAUUCUUAAUGAAUUUGGCUCUGGCGGAUAUUGGUUCCAUUUCAGUCAUUGUACCCAAAUCUAUGACUAAUUCACUCAUGAAUAACAGGUUUAUUUCUUAUUCUGAAUGCACUGCUCAAGUUUUUUUCUUUCUGUUUUUUGAAGCCUCUGAAUACUUCCUUUUAACAGUAAUGGCUCAUGAUCGCCAUGUUGCAAUUUGUAAUCCUCUACAAUAUGAGACAAUCAUGAACAAAGCAGCCUGCAUUCAGAUGAUAGUUAUUGUGUGGCUUGUUAGUCUGUUUUAUGCAGUGUUGCACACAAGUGGCACAUUUUCAAUAAAAUUUUGUUCUAAUAAGGUUGAUCAAUUUUUCUGUGAAAUUCCAAAAUUGCUUAAAAUCUCUUGCUCUGAUUCAUAUCUAUUUGAAGUUGGAGUAAUUGUCUUUUGUGGUAUCAUAAUAUUUGGAUGUUUUAUUUUUGUUGUUACAACAUAUGUGUGGAUUUUCACCACAGUGCUCAAAAUCCCUUCUGUACAUGGGCGGGAAAAGGCCAUACGCACUUGCCUCCCUCACCUCAGUGUUUUCUCUUUGAUGUUGUUCACUGGACUCUUUGUUUAUAUAAGACCACCCAGUAAUACUUCAUCUGAUCUGGAGUUAAUCUUUGUGGUGAUAUAUGCAAUUCUUCCUCCUGUCCUGAAUCCAUUUAUUUAUAGCAUGAGAAAUAAAGAGUUUCAAAAUGCCUUGUGGAAUUUAUACAAACCUUGGUAA